UAAUUGCGCAACACUGGCUUUCAAGGCCCAGUCUUUCAAUUGCCAAAUUGCCAUUCCGCACCAAGUCCUAUCUAAAGGCCAUUAAAUCGCCGUCAUGAGUCGUCAAGCCACCCUUGACACGUUCUUCGCGGUCCGGAAACGCCCAUCAGAUCUCCAACCCGCCAAGAAGCGCAAAAUCACGCCCGAUAUCACGCCCACUUCAUCCCCAUCGACUCAAAUCAAGUCCACAUUUCAACCCCUGUUGACUACGGAGAGUGUCACAUCCGUCCGAGAUGAUCAUUUAUUCCCCCAAACGCCUUCUUCUGGCCGAGACAAAGUCGUGGAAUCUACCCGAUCUCAUAAAAGAGAUGCUUUUGGAUUGGCCAAGCAGCAACCGGACCAAACCCCGCCCUCAAAUGCGCCCAUUCAGGGCGUGGAGGGGGAGAAGGAGGUCUCGAAAUUUUCUCUGGGCUCUAGCGAACCUCGAGCCAAGAAAAGAUUGGAUUACGGGAAAUGUGUCAAAUCUAAAACAGUUGGAUUUGUGAAGAAAGGACCUUUAUCCCCACAAAAGUUGCCUCCACCCAUUUUCAACGUGAAGUUUCAAAAGAAAGGCACUCUGUCGCCUCAGAAAAAAAAGAGCAUUGACAAUUUAAAUGAGGUCUCUCAAACCUUGUCCGAGGCUAAGAAGCAACUGCAAAAGCUCACGCCUGAUGAGAUCAAGGCCAAAUUGUCGAAAGUUGGAAGAUUGGCCGAUUUAAAGGAUAAAAUGGCCAAAUUGAAUAACUUCAAAAUCCCGCCCCAAUCUCCCAUCAAGAGUUCUCUACCCCCUAAAUUGACGCAAGACUCGAUUUCACUGGAUUUGAGAGUCCCCAAUCGACACCCAACGAGUCCGUCAAAGGCCUUCAAAAGUCCGGUGAAGGUGGCAUCACCCCGGAAAACUGCCAUAUUGGACCGAUCCGAAGACAUGGAUGUGGAUUUGCCCAUUCCAAGCUCCUACCGGUUCUUGUCCGAGGUUUUCCGCACCCUUGAUCACAUUGUGAGCAUCAAGUUCAAUCGGAAAGAGGUGAUCAAAGUCCAAGAUCUUAAGAGCUCCGUUCAAAGUGCUUUGAAGCGCAAUUUCUCUGAGAACUACCUCAAACAGAUCAAAUGCGUCUUUCCUCAAGCGUUCAAGUUCGUUUGGGAGCAAAUGAUCGGGAAAUAUGGACUAAAAAAAGAGGAUUACGAGCUGCAUAUGUUUCCUAACAUAAAUUAUUUGGCCGAUCUCCACAACGAAGCCUCAGCGUCGGACUCGACUGUCCAAUACGAGCGGGCUUGUUUUACCCCCUUGACCCCCAAGAUUCUGGUUGAACGCCGGAAUCUCUUUAAGAAGCUUCUUAUCUCCAUGGUCAAGGACCAUCAUAAGGCGUUUCUGGCCUCCUUGAAUCCGCCCUUGAGUGUGGAAAAUGACAAAUUGCGGCGAUGGCAUAAGGAUUUUGAGGUGGAAUCGUGUCCAGAUGUGGACAUGGCAGAGUUACCAUCUAAACCCAAUGUUGUGAAGGUGGCCAAGGCCCAUGACAUCUUGCAUGCCAAACGCGAUCUCUUUGGGAUCAAUGCUAAAUUGGCCAAUGCUCUUCAGGAGCAAGCCGAUCGAGAUAAGGCGGAAGAAGAGAAAGUGAAAGAAGAACAAGAAGAAAAGCCCAUCGUCAAAAAGGGACUAGAAGGUCUUCCUCCAGCUUUGUUGGAAAAAAUCAUGAAACGGGAGAAGGCCAAACAGAUCAGAGAUAUGGUCGAAAACUCAUCGGAUCGGAAGGACUCUGAGAUGCUGGAAGACCUCGUCAUGGUUGGUCCAAUGAUUAUCAAUUGCUAUAAGAGUGAAAAACAACGUCAAAACAAGGCUGCUUUGGAAAUCAAUGACUUUGUCAAGUUCGUAGCGGAUGCUUACGGACGGAAAUCUCCUCGCGAAAUGGAGAAUCUGGUCCGAUAUCUGCUCAAGGUUGCACCUGAGUUCUUCCAAACCUUGUUCCUGAGAAAAACCGAGUACUUCAAGAUGAAGGCCGGCUGUCCGGAUUUGAAUAAUCUGGUGACCAAGAUCAAGAAUCUUUUGGAGGAGAAGAACAAGGUCCAAUAGAGUGUGUGCGUGCCCCUUGUUAGUGUUUGUUGAAUGAUUGGAUGGAUAACAACAAUUAAAAAUAACAGUGAUCGUAAUAAUAGAUUGAUAUUUUGUAUCUCAUUAUGCCGAGUCGUCAAUAUACUUGUAGCCCAAAGCCUU